AACUACUAGUCCAGUCCAGUCCAGUAGUAGGCGUGGGAUUGCCUUUGUAACGGCUCCCACUUAUUAUCCUUAUUCUUGAUUAUUGAUUGGCGUUGUUGUGUCUUUUAGUUUUGUUCAAUUUUCUAUUAUUAUUUUUUUGAAAAGGAGUCCGCUGCAAAUACGGAACUCCCGACAGUCAAUACUCAACUGUGACAUUAAGAUCAAGUUCGGUACACCGGAUUAUCAACAAACGUUUGUGGGGCGUCAACAAGCCCUGCCCUCGCCACCACAACAAUAACCCACCGCAGCCACCACACCCUUGACCACCUCGCAGGGCCACCACCACCACCACCACCAGCCUGUCCACCACUCAGCACACACCUCCCCCCUCCCGCCUCACCCCCCACUGGCAGGAUUUUCAACAUGCCGCCCCAACUUCCCACACCCACUGACGAGCAUUCAGCCAUGGAGGUAAUGAAGCACUUCUCAGACAUGGCAUACAUGACAAUCUUCAAAGACACGUUUGACAAGGCUACCAAGAUUCUGUAUGGAAAGGAGGUUGCUGUAAAUCUGGAUCUUUCAAAGCGGAUGAUGUUCUCCUGCUACUUGUGCAGCAAAGACAUGAAUGCCGAGACAGCCUUGAAACAACAUACAGUGUCAGGAACCCACCAAAAGAACCUUGACAAGAAGAGGAGGGCACAUCAGAGCCAUACUUCCCGCCAUGAUGUGAAGUACCACCACAAAGACCCAUCCUAUGGUGACCCCAAGAGCCUGCGGAGCAUGUUGUUGACCAGCCAAGUGAAGCCAGUCGGUUUACAGAUGAUUGAGGAAUACCAAGAGAGGCCUUCAGGAGGAAAACGUUACUACAAGUGUAUUCUGUGUGGUGCUCACGGCAAACUGGAUUCCAUCUACUGGCACACCAUUGGCAACAGACACACAGAAAAAUACAUAAAAUCUGGUGUGGUCCUUAAAACUUCAUUGCUCGAUCCCAAAGACAGGGAGAUGGUCCGUGAAUUUCUGCUAAAAAAGGAAAAAAUAACUGUGUCCGCCAUUAAAACAUAUAAAGAUAGGAGUCUCUUCCCAAAGAUGUGGUCAGAUUACAGUGACUCUUUACGAUUUACAAGUCAAAGGAAGAGAGAAACACAGUGGGUGUCAGAGACCACCUUAGCAACUCCUUCAACGAGCAGAAAACGUCCGCACUCCUCCAGCCCAGAUACUUCCUCUUGGGAAUCUCCAUCCUCCUCCUCUUCCAAAGCGUCUAGGAAUGAAAUUCAACAAAGCAGACCAAGGGAAACAUCGCCUCUCUGUAUGUUCCGAAACCAGUCUCCUCCUUCUCCUUCAGCUGAUGACAAGCUAAAAACAAUGAAUCUCCAUCAGUCCCCCCAAUGCAGAGAUGUUGUCAAGUAUGACCAGAGUGUACAGAAGUUUGACCUGGAAGAACUCAUGAUCCAGUUCAACUUUGUUGUGAAAACAAGCCAUUUACCUGAGUUUGAUAUACAGACUCAAGAGGAUGUCAAGGCAGCUAUUGACAUGAUGUUUAAGAUCAGCUCUGCACUUCACUUCAUCACCAAAGUUAAACUUGAAAAUUCACAAGAGAGUUCUAAAGAGAUCAUUGGCAACCUCAUUCACAAGAAAAGUCUAUUGUCUAAGAUUAUGGGUAACAUAAAGCUCAGAAUGGAAGCAGCAUUAUUACAAAGUGAAGGGUUUCAGUCAUAGGAAGGAAGAAAAUGGUGACAGGAAGGAGACUCAGGCCCAAAGGGAGGAAAGCUUGCUGCUGCUGCCACUGAAGGAAAGAAGAAAGGAUUGCAGUGACACAGGACAAUACUGAUACAAAGACAGUGCUGAUACUUGUUAGUCACAGUGUAGUGCGGCGACUAAGCCUGAUAGGUGAGCCUCCCAUAACUCCCUCUGUCAGCGGGGGUACCUCUUUGGCCGACUGGUUAAGGAGUGGCUCUCCCGUCUCGCUGGUCACGGGUUCGAUCCCCAGCGCCAGCAUAACCUUUCCUUGUCUGGAUUAAUUUCUAGUGUGUUUUGUUACACAUGGUGGUCGUGUUGGAGCCGUGUAGUGCGGCGACUAAGCCUGAUGGGUGAGCCAACUGGUUAAAGGAGUGGCUUUCCCGUCUCGUUGGUAGCGGGUUCGAUCCCCAGAGCCUGCAAAACCUUUCCUUGUCUGGAUUAAUUUCUCGUGUGUUUCGUUACACGCAGUAGUCGUGUGGGAGUGCAGUAAAGAUUAAAAAUUCUGGCAUUUCAACAGCAAAAAGGAAGUUGAUGGAAAGUGAAAAACAAUAAACUUCUUAAAAAAGCAAAUUGUCAGCCACUGCAAAGGAGGUAACCAAGAGGAAAACAAAAUGAAAGCAAAAAAAUCUGCUCGUGGCUAUCUUUUUAAAAGUCCAAUUUUAGAUGCCAGAAGAGUAAUCAAUAUGAAUUGAUUUUUUUUUUUUUUUUUUUUUUUUUUUUUUUUUUUUUUAGUGGCAUGCCGUUUGUGAGGACUAUAUGAUAGCCAUGAUGGGUUAAGCCUCUUUGUGGUUGUACCUGGUUAAUGCACACACACACACACACACACACACCAUUGUUUGACCAAGUUCUGUAAAAUCAGUUGUUUUAUGUAUGUGGACGAAAUAAUAGUUAUGCUGUUAUUAGUAGUGCUUUCUGUUAUUGUACAGAUGUUUUGGAGUUCUGAAUCUUCAUAAAAAGAGAUACUAGUCACUAGCAUUACUGAAAGUGGAAGGUCAAAUGUUUUAUAUUUAUUUAAUAUAGUUGUUUGAAUUUA